AUGUCCAAGAAAGGGCGAAAUAAGGGCGAGAAGCCCGAGGCGCUCAUUGUCGCCCUUCAAGCUGCCAACGAAGACCUCAGGACCAAGCUCACAGACAUCCAGAUAGAGCUGCAUCAAGAGAAGUCCAAGGUAUCUAAACUCGAGAGAGAGAAGACUCAAGAAGCCAAGAGGAUCCGUGAGCUGGAGCAGCGCAAGCACACGGUCCUGGUGACGGAACUCAAAACCAAGCUCCACGAGGAGAAGAUGAAGGAGCUGCAGGCCGUGCGGGAGAAUCUCAUCAAGCAGCACGAGCAGGAAAUGGCCCGGACAGUGAAGGUGCGGGACGGGGAGAUCCAGAGGCUCAAGUCGGCGCUGUGUGCGCUCCGGGACGGCAGCAGCGACAAAGUAAGGACAGCGCUCACCAUCGAGGCCCGCGAGGAGGCCCGGAAACUGUUUGAUGCAGAGCGCCUUAAGCUCUUACAGGAAAUUGCGGACCUGAAAACGGCCAAGAAGCAGGUGGAUGAGGCGCUAAGCAAUAUGAUCCAAGCGGAUAAAAUCAAGGCUGGGGACCUCAGGAGUGAGCAUCAGUCCCACCAAGAAGCCAUCUCCAAGAUCAAGUGGGAGUCGGAGCGGGAUAUUCGGAGACUGAUGGAUGAAAUCAAAGCCAAGGACAGGAUCAUCUUUUCCCUGGAAAAGGAACUGGAGACCCAAACAGGCUAUGUACAGAAACUCCAGCUGCAGAAGGAGGCUUUGGAUGAACAGCUCUUUCUGGUCAAGGAGGCUGAAUGUAACAUGAGCAGUCCAAAACGAGAAAUUCCGGGAAGGGCAGGAGAUGGCUCUGAACACUGCAGCAGUCCUGAUUUGCGAAGAAAUCAAAAGAGAAUAGCUGAGUUGAACGCCACUAUAAGAAAAUUAGAAGACAGGAAUACCUUGCUUGGAGAUGAACGAAAUGAAUUGUUAAAACGCGUGCGGGAAGCUGAAAAACAAUGUAAACCUCUUCUGGAAAGGAACAAGUGCCUCGCCAAGAGAAAUGAUGAACUGGUGGUGUCUUUGCAGCGCAUGGAAGAGAAGCUAAAAGCCGUUACCAAGGAAAAUUCAGAAAUGAGAGAAAAAAUUACAUCUCAUCCACCCUUGAAGAAAUUAAAAUCUCUGAAUGACCUCGAUCAAGCUAAUGAAGAACAAGAGACAGAGUUUCUAAAACUUCAGGUCAUUGAGCAACAGAACAUUAUUGAUGAGCUCACAAGGGACCGGGAAAAGCUCAUUCGUAGGAGAAAGCAUAGAAGAAGUUCCAAGCCAAUUAAGAGGCCUGUUUUGGACCCAUUUAUUGGCUACGAUGAGGACUCCAUGGAUUCAGAAACAUCAUCCAUGGCCUCAUUUAGAACAGACCGAACGCCAGCUACUCCUGACGAUGACUUGGAUGAAAGUCUAGCAGCUGAAGAAUCUGAGCUACGAUUCCGACAAUUAACAAAAGAGUACCAGGCUCUCCAAAGAGCCUAUGCCCUCUUGCAGGAGCAGACUGGAGGCAUCAUUGAUGCUGAAAGAGAAGCCAAGGCUCAAGAGCAACUCCAGGCAGAGGUGCUAAGGUAUAAAGCCAAAAUUGAAGAUCUGGAAGCGACUCUGGCUCAGAAAGGGCAGGAUUCACACUGGGUAGAAGAUAAACAACUUUUCAUUAAGAGAAACCAGGAGCUUUUAGAAAAGAUAGAAAAACAAGAGGCAGAAAAUCACCGGCUCCAACAGGAACUGCAGGAUGCCAGAGACCAGAAUGAGCUGCUGGAGUUUCGAAAUCUAGAGCUAGAAGAAAGAGAGAGACGAUCCCCUCCAUUUAAUCUGCAAAUUCACCCAUUCUCAGAUGGUGUGAGUGCUCUACAGAUCUACUGUAUGAAAGAAGGUGUCAAGGAUGUGAACAUCCCUGAUCUCAUAAAGCAGCUUGAUAUCUUGGGUGAUAACGGGAAUUUAAGAAAUGAAGAGCAAGUGGCUAUAAUUCAGGCCAGCACUGUGCUGUCCCUGGCAGAAAAGUGGAUCCAGCAAAUUGAGGGAGCAGAGGCUGCCCUGCACCAGAAAAUGAUGGAAUUGGAAAGUGACAUGGAACAAUUCUGCAAAAUCAAAGGCUAUCUGGAAGAAGAGCUAGACUACAGGAAACAAGCUCUCGACCAAGCAUAUAUGAGAAUCCAGGAACUAGAAGCGACUUUGUACAAUGCUCUGCAGCAAGAAACUGUUAUCAAGUUUGGUGAAUUAUUAACUGAAAAACAGCAAGAGGAGCUGAGGACAGCAGUGGAAAAGUUACGGCGGCAGAUGCUGAGGAAGAGCAGAGAGUACGACUGUCAGAUUCUUCAGGAGAGAAUGGAGCUCUUACAGCAAGCCCAUCAGAGAAUUCGUGACUUAGAAGAUAAAACAGACAUCCAGAAAAGACAGAUAAAGGACUUAGAAGAAAAGAGUAACCGAAAACACGGAUAAGACCGCAGAAAAGCAGAUACUUCUAAACCUUCAAAGAUGGCAGAAAUGUUUACAGCAGUGAAAGGGAGAUCAAAAGCUUAGAACUAUAAUGUAGCCAGGACUACAACUGUGUAUUUUAAAGCCAUUAUUCAAGGUUUCUUACUUGACAGUUCCUACAUGACCCUGUUGAAAAUCUACAAUAUAUGCU